UCUACAAACAACUCCCCAAACCCCAAUAGACGCCAGUGGUCGGUGAAUGUGCCGCAAGGAAGCAGUUACCGGGCCCGAUUUCGGACUCGAUCGGAUAUUACCGCCUCCGAAUAUCCGCGGAACCGCCUCCGAACCUGAACUGAACCAACAACCAUUUAGCAGCAACACCCAAAGUAGGCCGCCGACCCGACGAUGGGCGGGCAGAAGUUUCAAUACGACGAGAGCGGUGGAACGUUUUUCUACUUUAUCCUCUCGUUCCUGGCGCUGAUCCUGAUACCGGCCACAUUCUACUUUUGGCCGCGCAAGAAAAAAGAAGAUCCGGAUCUAAAGCGCGAGAACUGCAACUGUGAGCCAUGCCUGAGGAAGCGAGCCACCAUGGAGCAUUCCGACCCGUACAAGGGCGCCAAGGAGCUACUGAUCAAGCUGUCGAUCGUGGCCGGGUGGGCCCUACUGACGUUCCUCACGUACAAGGUGUCCCAGUUCGACUACGAGAUGUCCAACUUUGAUCCGUACGAAAUCCUGGGCGUACCGCUCGGUUCGUCCCAGAAGGACAUCAAGAAGGCGUACCGCACGCUGUCGGUGAUCCUGCACCCGGACAAGGAAACCGGUGACGAGAAGGCGUUCAUGAAGCUCACGAAAGCGUACCAAGCGCUGACGGACGAUGAGGCGCGCAAGAACUGGGAAAAGUACGGCAACCCGGACGGGCCCGGGGCCACCUCGUUCGGUAUCGCCCUGCCGUCGUGGAUCGUGGAGAAGGAAAACUCCGUCUGGGUGCUGGGCCUGUACGCGCUCGUCUUCAUGGUGGCGCUUCCGAUCGUGGUCGGCACCUGGUGGUACCGGUCGAUCCGCUACAGCGGCGACAAGGUGCUACUGGACACGACCAACAUGUACUGGUACUUCUUCCACAAAACGCCCCAGAUGCAGGUCAAGCGCGUCAUCAUGAUACUGGCCGCGAGCUUCGAGUUUGACAAGCGGCACAACAAUCAGGUGAUCGAGCGCCAGUCGGACAACGACGAGGUGCCGGCCCUGAUCCGGCAGCUGCCGAACCUGAACGAGAAGUGCAAGGAGUUGCCCUUCUCGCGCGGCUACUCCCUGAAGGCGCGUGCCAUUUUGCACGCCCAUUUGUCGCGCAUCCCGGUGAAAGAGAACACGCUCGAGCUCGAUCGCCAGCUGAUCGUGCGCAAGUGCCCGUACCUGAUCCAGGAGAUGGUCAGCUGCGUGAGCCACCUGAUUAUGCUCGCGUACGCCAGAAAGAUCCAGAGACUACCGACGAUCGAGACGAUCGAAAACUGUAUGAAACUGUCGCCGAUGGUGAUGCAGGGUUUGUGGGAGUUCAAGCAUCCGAUCCUGCAGCUACCUCACCUGACCGAGGACAUUCGGCAGUACAUGCUGCGAAAGUUCAACGUCCGCAACCUUCAGCAGUUGGCCCAACUGAAGCCGGAUCAGAGCCGCACGGCACUGCGCAGCCUGUCCGACGAGCAGUACGCCAACGUGGUGAAGGUGCUCGGCCGGAUGCCGCUGAUCGAUUUCAACAUGAAGUGCGAGGUGGUGGAUGACGAAAACUCCAACGUCGUGACGGCCGGCGCAAUCGUGACGGUUACCGUCGAGCUGGUACGGCGCAGUAUGUCCGAACUGUUUGGUGAUGCGACGGCCAAGGAGAAGCAAGGGAUUGCUGAAAGUAAUGAAAAUGGCGAAGGUGAAGGCGAUGCGGACGGUGAGCUGGAGGUCACGGACGAGAAGCAGGAUCCGAAGCAGCAGACGAAGAAGCAACCCGUUUGGCAGCCGAAACCGGGCAAGGGACCGUACAAGGGCAAAAGCAAAGGCGCACAGAAGAACCGUCGGAUUGCGGCGGCUGCAGCUGCGGCCGCCGCCGCCGCCGCUACCGCUGCGGCAGCGCAAACGCAAGCGGCCAAGGGAAGCCAUCCGGGAGAAAAGAAGGAAAAGGCAAGCAAACAGUCCCAAAAGGCUGGCGGUGGCGACCGGAAGGCGGCAGGACCGGACGAGAUGGAAUCGGAUGCCGAGAGUGGCGUCGAAAGUGAGAACGAUGCCAGCGACGCCGCAGCGGAUGACGAUGACGAGUGGGAAAAAUUCCAGCAGAAAAUUAACAAACGCGAGAAAUUGGAAGGUCGCUCCAAAGUGUCCCAUCCGGUGCACUGUCCACUGUUUCCUGAGGAAAAGCACGAGUACUGGUGGACGUACAUUUGCGAUCGAAAGUCACGCACAAUGCUGACGGUGCCGUACCACGUGACGAACCUGAUCCACCGGGAGGAGGUCCAGCUCAAGUUUACCGCCCCGAGGUGGGCCGGUGUGUACGUGUUCACCGUCUGCCUUCGGUCGGACUCGUACUUUGGCAUGGACCAGCAGCUCGAGCUGAAGCUGGACGUCAAGGAUCCGGCCGCCAUCCCGACCGAGCAUCCGCAGUGGGACAUCAGCGAGUCGGAGUCGGACCACAACGAGAUGCAGGCGAACGACAGCGAGUUUACGACCGAUUCGUCCGAUGGCGAGGAUGAAGGGACGACGAAAAAGAUGGAUUGAGCGCCGCAUGCCCCAUAACGGAGCCGAAAACGAGCCGGAGGAGCCCCGUGUUGAGUUCCAGUUUCCGUUUUUUCUCCUUUUCACUGAGAUACCUUUCGCUGUUUUUUUUUGCGUUGGUCAUUGGGUCAGUGGGAGAUUGAUUAUAUCACACACCAGUCAUCGACUGCGGCGCAAUUUCGCGGUUGCGAGCUUCGCUGUAUCUAUGGCCAGUUGCUCCUGCUGUCUGGUGCCCCGAGCACGCGUAGCAAUGGAUUUAUUUACUGUAACGGCGGUUCUAUGCGAAUCAGCGACCCAAGAACAGGGAGGGCGAAAAGAUCAUAGGUAUAUUAUAUUUGACCCCUGCUUCAAACACUAAAGGCCUCCACACACCGCCGAAGUAAAUUCUGGAAAGCAAAUUUCGG